AUGAGGGGUAAAGCAGCGCGGCGAAAUAAUCGCAGAACAGGUGCACCUUCGGCGGAGAGUGAUUUUGUUGAUACGAUAAAAGCGGUUACUGAAUUCCCUCGCUCGCUGUUUGAGUUCUAUGUCUGGUCAGAUCAGGGAGUUACUCUUGAAGUUGAUUUCACUUCGUCUCUGUCUGAUUGGACUAACAAGUUUAAAAAUGAGGUCCGAGUGAGUGAGAACGUGAAUGGAAACAAAUCUCGGAGUCUUCGGCAAGAUCUCAGUGGCUUAAGAGAUAAAUCUUCAUUCUUGUGGAAUAGAGAUUGUAGUCAAGUUGUUGAUUGUGAUGGGCAGGCUAAAUUUUCGUCAUCAGGGUUGAAAUUGACCAAAGACGGUGUUGCAGAGUUAGGUAGACAAAAUAACGGUGAAAGAAUGACUGGAAAAGUGGGAAAGGAUUUACUGGAAAAUCAAUCAAGGUCUUUAAUGUCUGAUCCUGGCACACUGGAGGUUCAACUUUCAAAGCCUGAUAAUGGAGGUUCUCGGAAUUGCGGUCUUCCAAAGGGUUCUUGUAUUGUGAACCCUGGUGUGGUGUGUGCUGGAGCUUCAUUAAGUAUUUCUGUGGAAUUACGAAAUUCGGAAGUUGCAAGUUGUCAUAAAUAUGCAUCAGUUUUACCCGGUGAUCCCAAGAACACUCCUGAAAUGAAACACUUCCGGAAGGCGGCCAAGACUGUUGAUGGAAAGGGGCGUUCAAGAUGCUCCCAAUUUGAUGACCCACUUAAGAAGUCUCGCCUAAAUUAUGAUGAUCAGGUUUCCAAAACGGAACUUAACAAAAAGAGGAAAGACAGAUACUCCGAGAUUCAAGGUUCAAGUGAUAAACCUGCUGCAAGAAUUUUAAGGAGCAUGACGAAAACUGGUGUUAUGGCCCUGUCUAGAAGAUCCCCAAGGCUAAAGGUGCUUUGA